GGAAAUUAAUAACAUUUCGCAUUUUCGAACAAAAAAUUAAAAUAUAACUAGAUAUCGUUGUAUUUAUACUUAUUGAUUUGAUUCCGAAGGAAUUUGAGUCACCGUUGCUCGCAUCUAUUGAUCUGUAUAUCCCCGGAUCUCUGUAUAUCCGUAUUGAUGCAUACGAUGCAUACGCAGUCAGAUUAAAUGUAUACUACAUUUUGUUGCAUCGACUAACCGAACUAACGCCAAAUUCCGGGGGUAAACGACACGGAACGUCAUAGCUGCUCAGGAUUAUUUUUGAUACGCGUUCAUAUUAUCUCAUUAUCCGAGGACGUAUAUACUCUAGAAGCAGCGGCGGAAGUAGCGUGGAAAAUGGAACAGGAUAUAAAAUCAAAGAUCGAUGAAGCAUGUCGAACGGCUGAAGAAUUUACCAAAUUAUAUUAUGAAGCUAUUGGUAAACAGAGAUAUAGAAUAUCAAAAUUGUACCUGGACACAGGGAUCUUGAUUUGGAAUGGAAAUGGGAUCGUAGGCAAAGAUCAAAUUCAAAAAUUUUGGAAUGACCUCCCAGCCUCUGACCACUCGACCACAACACUUGAUGCUCAACCUGUCACUGGUGCAGCGGUUGGAAAUCAGCCAACAUUUCUAAUAAAAGUUAGCGGCCAAGUCAAAUUCCAAGAUAAACCUUCAAAACCAUUUAAUCAAAAUUUUCUAAUCACCGCAGUGGGAGACAAGUGGAAAAUCGUCAGUGAUUGUUUCAGAGUACAAGAAGCUCUAGACAGCACUACGUAGGAAGCGAAUUACUCAUGAAAUAAACUUAUCUGUUCGCAAACCGUGGUAUUUGGCAAGACUAAAUAAAGCUAGGUGUAAUGUUCCUAAUUUAAAUUAUACCUAGUUCAUACAUUGUACUUGUCAAAUUUUUACAUAGCGAAACCGUGAACACAGAAUCAUUAUUUAAUUUUAAGCCGUUUGUCAUUUUCACACAAUGAACAGCAUUAAUCAAGUGUUAUAA